ACCGCAAGUCUAUUACACCAGUGCCGAAAGGGUGAAGACCAACAGCGGACAAUAGAUGACAGCCGUCAUCGAGAGCGCUAUUGUUACGCUGUCACCGAUCGUUGUACAUGAGGAAGAAAUUGAUGUGUCAAUGCUGAACGGCAUGGUUGUGAUUCGGUAGUUAAGAAUUUCAUCAUAAAUCGUUUAUUUUCAAUAUAUUGCAUACUACUCGAAUUAAUCUGCCGUUGCAACGCACUAUAUGCACCGAAUUGUUGUAAUAAGCUAACCCUAUUCGUAAACCAAGAAGCACUAAAUUCUUUGAAGCGGAAUAAACACAGCUGUCAAAUCUUAGUGCGAGGGUUUUCAUUACCGCAACAAUUCUUCAAAGAAUUUAAUAUGCCCAGAUCGAAGGAUCCACCACCCCCGCAGGGCGACGAAGUGAUCUGUAUGACCUGCAACAGGCUCGACGUGACCGGUAACUUCGUCCAAUGCGAUGCCUGUGAUGCUUGGUGCCACUUCACAUGUGCCGGAGUUGAUGCAUCAGUGAGCGAACGCGUGUGGGUGUGUGGCAAAUGCCGUGCUGCACCCAGCAUAUCUGGAAAAAGCGGCUGCACGAGCAAAACCGGUUCAUCGUUGGCUCGGGAGCUCGAGCGUCUGAAGCAGCAACAAGAGAUUGAGCUGAAACGUGCGAACCUGGUCAUGCAAAUGAAGUUUCUGGACCAGCAACAGGAACUCUUGAAUAAAGCGGUACCAGAAGAGGAAGCCAGGGAUAAAAUCAGCAACGUUGAUCAGGAGGAGCAUACGCGGCGAACGCAGGAGUGGGUAAAUCAAACCGAUGGCGACAAGGAAGAAGGCGCAGUAGGAGGCAUCCCUCUACAAGCUGCCUCUCUAGCAGACCACGGUAAUCAACCACUUCAAUCAGUGCAGCCUGGUGCAGCGAAACAAAUUCCUGGAACAACGGACCGGUCACCGGCCCACAACGAGGUAGCAGAGCUACGGGCCCAGCUGGAGAUCUGCAUGAAGCGUAUGGAAGAAGGGUUUCGCAUCACGCAACAGACGAAAUCCCAACCAGCACCAUUGGUACUUCCAUCAGCCGUCCAGUCCGUAGGGGAUACAGGUACCAUUCCCAAAUCGUACCCAAUCCAAACGGAACAAACAGAAAACCAGAUUGAGCCACCGCUAGGUCUUACCGCCCAGCAGCUUGUAGCGAGACAGUCAUUGGCCAGAGAUCUUCCAACAUUCAGCGGAGACCCAGCUGAGUGGCCAAUCUUCAUUUCCAGCUACAAUUAUACAACGGCAGCAUGCGGUUAUACGGAUGGAGGAAAUAUGAUACGUUUACAGCGUUGUUUGAGAGGAAGUGCACUGGAGAGUGUGAGAAGCCGUCUAGUGAUACCGUCUACCGUACCUCAAGUUAUCGAUGCUUUGCAAAUGCGGUACGGGCGCCCGGAGCUUCUUAUCAAUGCGCUUCUUCAGAAGGUGCGGUCGAUCCCGGCGCCUAGAGCCGACCGCCUCGAAGGACUCGUCGACUAUGGCACAGCGAUACAAGCGUUGUGCGAUCAUAUCGAGGCAGCGAAUGAAGUCAGUCAUCUGGCGAACCCGACGCUACUGCAGGAACUGGUGGCUAAGCUGCCAUCGGAUCAGAAGAUGAUGUGGGCCGGUUAUCGACGAGGUGUUGGUCACGUGGACUUGCGCACCUUCUGCAACUACAUGCAACAGGUCGUCGAGGAUGCCACCAGCGUACUUUCAUUUGAAGCGGAUGGAAGGCGUCAUGCCGGGAAGGAGUACGGACGAGAGAAGACGAAGCAGAAAGGAUUUCUCAACUCGCACACCUCGGACCAGGAUAGAACGUUCGAAGCACCCGCUUCGAGGUCAACCGACAAAAUUGAAUGUGGGAACUGCGGAAAAAUGGGACACCGCAUCCGAGAAUGUCGUGAAUUCAAGUCGCUCAGCGUGGAUAACCGUUGGCGAAAAAUACGUUCGUUAGGGAUCUGCCAGAACUGCCUGUUUAGGCAUGGCCGACGAUCGUGCCGAACAAAUACACGUUGCGGAAUUGACGGUUGUGAAUACCGACAUCACCCUCUUCUGCACUCGGCUCUACGGCCCUCAACUACGAUUGUCACACAGGUAGCGGACAAUCAUACGCAUCGUCGAGUGACAUCGAGCAUUCUCUUCCGAAUCAUUCCGGUUACUCUAUAUGGCGAGAAAGGAAUAGUAAAUACCUUUGCGUUCUUCGAUGAAGGAUCGUCUGUCACGAUGGUCGAGGAGAACUUGAUGGCCAAGUUGGGUAUCACCGGGAGUCCAGCGCCACUCUGUCUACGGUGGACGGCCAACACAUGUCGCACGGAGAAAAAUUCUCAGAUCGUGUCGAUUACCAUAUCCGGCGAAGAUAAGCAGCAAAGGUACAAACUAGUUGGAGCUCAAACGGUUGAAUCUCUCAAUUUGCCGCGGCAAAGCUUCCAUUACGACAAGGCUGUUAAACGUUUCGAAUAUCUGAAGAAUCUCCCGUUGAGAAGCUACGAGAAUGCUACACCCAGGAUUCUGAUUGGAGUCGACAACCUACAGCUCGCCGUUCCCUUGAAAGUCCGCGAAGGAGAUCGAUCCGGCCCCGUUGCAGCAAAGACCAGACUUGGAUGGUGUGUCUACGGCCAACAGAAGGAAGGAGAUAAGGGUGCCUACUGUUUUCAUGUCUGUGAAUGCACCCCCAACGAGGCACUCCAUGAGUCGGUGAAGCGGUUUUUUGCAGUAGAGGAAGCAGGAUCUUCAAAACCCAUCCUUUCGGUGGAAGACCAGCGAGCCCAGCAGCUUCUGCAGAGUACGACGCGAAGAGUUGGUGAACGAUACGAGACAGGACUACUGUGGCGGACGGACUAUGUGGAACUGCCGGACAGCUAUCCCAUGGCGGUCAGUAGGAUGAAAUGUUUGGAACGGCGUAUGGACAAGGAUCCGAGUCUGAAACUGAAAAUUCUCCAGAAGGUGCAGGAGUAUGUGGAUAAGGGAUACGCCCACGUAGCAACAGAAGACGAGAUAGCCAGUGCUGACCCGAGGAGAGUCUGGUUUCUUCCAUUGGGAGCUGUCACAAAUCCCAAAAAACCGUCUAAAGUGCGCAUCAUCUGGGACGCAGCAGCAACGGUCGAUGGAUCGUCGUUAAACAGUCAUCUUUUGAAGGGACCAGACCAGCUCACUGCACUCCCCUCGGUACUUUUCCGCUUUCGACAGUUUGGCAUAGCGUAUCCUCGGGCAUCCCAGCGUAUAGUCGACAACCAUUAUGUCGAUGACUACUUGGACAGUUUUGAAGAUGAGGAUGAAGCCAAGCAGAUCACAGAGGAAGUUCGUACAGUCCAUCGCAACGGCGGAUUCAACCUGCGGAACUGGAAUUCCAACAGUGGUGCUGUCCUGGAAUUUCUCGACGAGCCAGCAGUAACAAGUGACAAGAACAUCAAUUUAGUCAACAAGGAGCAAACUGAACGGGUUCUGGGGAUGCUGUGGGCAACGAAAUCCGACGAAUUACGGUUCGCCACUCAAAUGAGCGAGGAGGUCAACGAUCUGAUAGAAACCUCUACACGCCCCACGAAACGUCAAGUUCUGCGCUGUGUAAUGACGUUUUUUGAUCCCCUAGGACUGCUCGCAACGUUCCUCAUCCAUGGAAAGGUAUUAAUACAGGAACUGUGGCGAACAGGGAUCGACUGGGACGAGAAAAUUGGAGACGACCAGUUCAAUCGGUGGAGAGACUGGAUACGAAUGAUCCAGUUUAUAGAUACGAUCUGCACUCCGAGAUGUUACUUUGAUUCGGCAACGAGACAAACCUACGAGGACGCUCAGAUACACGUUUUCGUUGACGCGAGUCCUGCUGCAUACUGCUGCGUGGUAUACAUUCGUGUAACAGACCAAGAAGGGUACGGACAUUGCUCGUUAGCAGCUGCAAAGGCAAAGGUGGCACCACUGAAGCCCAUGUCUAUACCUAGACUAGAACUGCAGGGAUGUGUCCUCGGUUCAAGAAUGCUGAAAUUCGUUCAAGAAAACCACUCCAUCGCCUUCACAAAACGAUUUUUGUGGACGGAUAGCACAACAGCUCUUUCGUGGAUCAAUUCGGAUGCAAGCAAUUAUCGACCCUUUGUGGCUCAUCGGGUGGUAGAGAUCCAGGAUUCUACAAACAGUGAUGAAUGGAAAUACGUGCCGUCCUCAUGCAACCCAGCUGACGAGGGGACCAAGUGGGGCAAGGGACCUUACUUUCACUCCGAGAGCCAAUGGUUUGUUGGCCCCCAGUUUCUCACAUACCCUGAAGAACACUGGCCGAGAACUCCUUCAAUAUCUGUUCAAGAGAGGGAAGAACUGCGCAAACCAGUGAUGAACCAUGUGUCCGUAGAACCCCUCAUCAAAUUCGAAAGGUUUUCAAAAUGGGAGAAGCUUCAACGAACCGUGGCAUACGUGUUGCGGUUUCUACACAACCUUAAGCCGCAUCAAAUUAAAGCAGUUGGAGAGUUUCACCAGCAGGAACUACAAGCGGCAGAAGCAGUUAUUAUUCGACAAGAGCAGUGGACGUCGUUUCCGGAGGAAAUGGCGACCCUUACCCAAAGGCAGAAGAAUAGUCUACAAACGAUUUCGAAGGCAAGCAAGCUGUAUCAACUAGUACCGGCGUUGGAUGAACAAGGAGUUAUGCGCCAAAACGGGCGUAUCGGAGCAGCUAAGAAUGUGUCGUACAAUAUGCGGUAUCCGGUGAUCCAUCCAAAGAACGGUGUGGUCACUAUGUUAAUAGUUGACAAAUACCACAGAGCCUACAAGCACGCGAAUCCAGAAACGGUUGUCAACGAAAUCCGCCAGAACUUCGAAAUUCCAAGACUUCGAUCGAUCGUUCGACGAUAUGGACGCCAUUGUCAGUACUGCAAACUUCGAAAAGCAAUACCAUCGAUCCCUCCAAUGGCUCCUCUACCAGCAGCGCGCCUUGCUGCUUAUUGUCGACCGUUCAGCUACGUUGGACUGGACAAUUUUGGCCCUCUGUUGGUCAAGCAGGGACGGGCAAACGUAAAACGAUGGAUAGCACUUUUUACUUGCCUUACCGUGCGUGCUGUCCAUCUAGAGGUUGUAAGCAGCCUGACGACCUCAUCCUGUGUUUCGGCGGUACGAAGAUUCAUCGGACGACGGGGAGCACCAGUAGAGUUCUAUAGCGACAACGGGACGAACUUUCAAGGUGCGGAAAGGCUUCUACGGGGACAAAUUGAGCGGGGAUUGUCAUCGACCUUUACUAGUGCACAAACGAAGUGGCUGUUCAUUCCUCCAGGUGCACCGCACAUGGGCGGCGCCUGGGAGAGAAUGGUGCAGUCUGUGAAAGCUGCCAUGGGUGAAGCUUACGGGGACGGGAAGCUUGACGAAGAAGGACUAUGGACUCUGGUAGUUGAGGCUGAGAGCAUGGUCAAUUCCCGGCCGUUGACGUACCUGCCGCUCGACGCCGAAGAGUCGGAGGCAUUAACUCCCAAUCAUUUUCUGCUUGGGAGCUCCAGUGGAAUAAAAGAACCAAGCCAUGACAUACGUGAUCAACCACGCGACCUUCAGAGGACGUUUCUCGAUAUUCAGGACCAACGGAACUCCUUCUGGAAGCGCUGGUUGCGCGAAUACCUGCCAGUCAUUCGAAGGCAACCGAAGUGGUUCGAUGAAGCAGUUAGGGAGAUCAAAGAGGGAGACUUGGUUCUGAUCACCGAAGAUGGGAAACGAAGCGGAUGGACCCGAGGUCGGGUCAAAAGCGUUAUUCACGGACAAGAUGGGAAGAUACGUCAAGCAAUACUGCGCACUGCUAAUGGAUAUUUGCGAAGACCAGUGACGAAGAUAGCCUUGCUAGAUGUUGGGAGAAUUAGUGCAGUCUUACCCGAUGGGAAGAUGCACCCGGCGGAGGAUGUUACCGCAAGUCUAUUACACCAGUGCCGAAAGGGUGAAGACCAACAGCGGACAAUAGAUGACAGCCGUCAUCGAGAGCGCUAUUGUUACGCUGUCACCGAUCGUUGUACAUGA